AUGGACCACCCGGAACGCAACAAACGCCUCAAAUCCUCCUCGGGCAGGCCAAUCAGCACGUCCGAUUCUGGUGCGUCCAACUUGCCAGCAUAUCAGCCGCCUCAGCAGAUCAUUGGCGGCGCGCGUGGCGGCAGCGGCCCAGGCUCUUCCCGACCUUCGGCGUCCAUUGCAAGACCUGCCAAUGGCGCGGGCUCCCUCCGCUUGACCGUGAAAGCGCCCCCGAGCAAGCUUCGUCAAGCUACAUCUGGCGGCAGCAUCCCUCCAAAUCCGUACGCAGAUCAGAGCGAGAGUGACGAUACGCCCGCACCUGCCCCACGCACGGCCCGAGCGACGAGGAAUCCACGAACGGUGAUCGAUCCCGAGUCGGACGAGGACGAAGAUGAAGAUGAAGACGAAGAUGCGGAUGGGGAGGACCUGGACGAGGACGAUGUGAACGGACAAUUGGAUCAGCAAUUGCUUGGAAAUGAGGACAGCGAGGAGGAUGCGGACGGUGAGGACGACGAGGAUAUGGAUGAUCACCCAACCCCACCUGUGAUCAAGCAGCAGCGAGGUACAGCGAGCGUUCGUUCGAACAUCACCGUUGCUCCGCCUCCGUCCAAAGCUUUGAAGUCAGUGGAAGCUAAAGAGAUGGAGGAUGACGAUGACGACGAGGAAUUGUCCGAACUCGAAUCGAAUGAUGAUCUGGGGAACGAUCAAGACGAAGACAACGACGAUGAAGAGGAGGAUUCGGGCAGCGACGAGGACGACGAGAACUCCCGCAGUGCCACUCCCGACCUUACAAAACUGACAAAACGGCAACGAGCCGCGUUCGAGGAGGACCCUUCAUUGAUGGCAUUGUCGAAUGAGGCACUGAAAAAGAAGCAUCUCACCGACGAGGAGCAUGUUCAGAGGAGAGCCGAGAUGGCGCGUCGCAGGAAGAAUCUCAGCGAGAAGCGUAACGAAGAGGAAAAGAUGGAAACGAUCAACAAGCUUCUUCAAAAGCAAGCACCAAAACGACGUACUCGGGCUGAGAUUGCAGCUGCCAACGCCGCCGAGCACUCGGGCGAAGAAGACGAGGAAGGUCGACCGAAGCCAAACUCGCUGUACGUCCGCUGGGUUAGCAACAAGGACGGCAGUCGGGUGGGUGUGCCGGAGGAAUGGCUGCAUGCGCCAGUUGGUGACGUCUUCCGACGGCCGGGUGGUGGGAGAUUGAUCGAAGAGGUUGCAUAAUGGUCAAGUCAACGCUGCCUCAGUCACCAUUGUUCCAGCAAGAGCAACAGCAAGCUUGCGACUUUGGGUACUCUCGG